UUGGUGUUUUACAGAGCAUUAGUUUGCAAACACUCCUCAAGUCGUUCUGUAAUUACUCCCUCUGGCUUGUCCUAUUAGCGCGUCAAAACUGCGAGGGGCGGAGUUGGGAGCGCGCACCGGGAGCGCACAGGACGCGCAGCCCUCCGGAGCUUUUGUUGAUAUAGGCAGCUCCGUCCUCUCAGCGGAGGUUAUGGCUGAGGACUUUGCAAAGAGAGGAGAAGAGAACAACAGGGAUUAUUUGAUAGGAAUGAUGCGUUAAAGUGCGUUUAUGUGAGACAUUUCCUACCCAGCGGCUGUGAUGAGCUCUGAAUCAAGAAGGCGUUGAACCUGCUACAAUGUCACACGCACAGGUUGAGAUACCAGGACGCUGUUUCCCAGGCCUCUCUAUGGAUAUGACCGACGACUGUUUAUCCAGGGUGCCAUCCGUGCUGAGGACGCACGGUUUGGGCGCGCGGAGAAACUCUUACGGGCUGCAAAAAAUCAGCAUGGACAUCGAUUCGCCUCUAUACAGCGGCGCACUCUCCAAAGCCUUGUCCUGGUCAGCUGAGAAUAUUUUAACUGUGCCCGAGUCCAGAGCGGAGGACGAAAAAGCUGACGAGUCUCCCCCGUCUCCGUCUCCAGUUUCCAGCCCGGGGACCAGCUCCAACACGCCCCCGUGCAGCCAGGAGCCCGACGCCGGGUCCCUCACCGGUAACUGGGAUCCCCUCCCGAGAUCCAGCCCUCAGGACGCCAGCUCGGACUCCGAAAAUGAACUUCAACACAAACAGCACAAGAUCUUGUCUCGCAUCACGUUUGAUACUCAGUGGGAGCAGGAGCAGGAGGAGAAAGAAGACGUGGAGACCAAAGCGGUGGCGACCUCACCUGAUGGAAGAUAUCUCAAAUUCAACAUAGAGAUCGGAAGGGGAUCUUUCAAGACAGUCUAUAAAGGGCUGGACACAGAGACUACAGUGGAGGUGGCGUGGUGUGAGCUACAGACCCGUAAGCUGACCAAGGCAGAGCGACAACGUUUCAGCGAGGAGGUGGAGAUGCUGAAGGGCCUUCAGCACCCGAAUAUCGUCCGCUUCCAUGACUCCUGGAAGUCGACGGUGAAGGGCCACAAGUGCAUCAUCCUGGUGACUGAGCUCAUGACGUCAGGCACGCUCAAAACGUACUUGAAGAGGUUCAAGGAGAUGAAGCUGAAGCUGCUGCAGCGCUGGAGCCGUCAGAUCCUCAAAGGGCUUCACUUUCUGCACACGCGCACCCCUCCUAUCAUCCACAGGGACCUCAAGUGUGACAACAUCUUCAUCACCGGCCCCACCGGCUCUGUCAAGAUAGGAGAUCUGGGGCUGGCCACUCUCAAAAGUGCCUCUUUUGCUAAAAGUGUAAUUGGAACACCAGAGUUCAUGGCCCCAGAGAUGUACGAGGAGAAGUACGACGAAGCGGUGGACGUCUACGCCUUUGGAAUGUGCAUCCUGGAGAUGGCCACCUCUGAGUACCCGUACUCCGAGUGCCAAAACGCCGCCCAGAUCUACCGCAAAGUCACCAGUGGAAUGAAACCCGACAGCUUCUACAAAGUCAAAGUCCCAGAACUGAAGGAGAUCAUAGAGGGCUGCAUUCGUAUGAACAAAGAUGAAAGGUACACCAUUCAGGACCUCCUGGAUCACCCCUUCUUCCAGGAGAACAACGGCGUGCACGUGGAGCUGGCCGAGGAGGACGACACGGUGAAGUCGGGCCUGAAGCUGUGGCUGCGCAUGGACGACACCAAGAAGCUGCACGGGAAGUACAAGGACAACAACGCCAUCGAGUUCCUCUUUGAGCUCUACAAAGACGUGCCCGAGGAGGUGGCUCAGGAGAUGGUUGUGCUCGGCUUCGUGUGCGAGGUGGACUUCAAGCUCGUGGCCAAGGCCAUACGGGACAGGGUGACAGCCAUCAAGCGGCAGAGAGAGAAGCUGAGGCGGCAGGCAGAGGAGUGGAGGAAGAAGCAGGAGCAGGAAGCCAUAGAUGAAGAACCCGAGCCUCAGCUCCCAUCGCUCAAAGUCAGCGACGUCGUAGCAGCAGAGUCCCCCACCCCGGCCCUGACACCUCCGGCCCCCAUCUUGUCCCCCGUCACGAGCUCAGCGGACUCUGGUGUCAGCUCCAGCUACCCCGCAGAACCAGAGGAGCCCGAGGCAGACCAGCACUUCCACAUCCGCCACAACAGCCUGUCCUCUGCUAACUCUGACUGUGAGACGGACGGCUAUCAGAGCUCCUCUGGGCUGCACGAUCCGCUGGAGGCCGGCAGCUUCAACACGACCCCUCCCACCACGCACGCUGACCCCCCGACUGUUAACGGCCUCCCCAUCCCGGCCCUCCGCUUCCCCUCGAGUAUUGCAGUAUCCAACAACAUAGAACAUGGCAACUCUGGGCCCCCGAGUGGCUUCAGCUCCCCUGUGGACAGCUACGCCUCCGAUGUGACGUCGGGCUUGAGUGAUGGCUAUGAGGGCCUAUCGGAGAAGAGUGAGAAAACGGCCGCAAGGAGAACUGCUGCGAAGCUGUUCAGGAGGAGGGCGCGCUCAAGGCUGCGCAUCACAGGGCUCUCUGAUAAAGUGGACCGGGUUGUGGAGUGUCAGCUGCAGACACACAAUGACAAGAUGGUGACCUUCAAGUUUGACCUGGACGGAGAUAACCCUGAAGACAUCGCUGCUGUCAUGGUGCACAACGAGUUCAUCCUGCCAUCAGAGAAGGAGGGCUUCAUCCACCGCAUGGGCGACAUCAUCAAACGGGCCGAGGUUCUGAUGGCCAAAGAGCAGCCGGUCCACAACAACCUGCACCGACUCACCCAGCCCGCUUUCCACAGCGGGGUCAACUCAUUGUCUUCCUCACAGCCGAAUCUGCACAGUCACACCCUGCCCCGAACACACUCGUCUUCUUCUCUGCCUGACUUCAGUGUGGCUAACCCGAGCGUAGGGGUACGUGGCUCACCCCCAUGCCCAAAUGGAGACGUCUUCAGUGCAGACAUUACUUCAUCUGGGCGACCUCUAAUACGCUCACAGUCUUUCCACAACGCCCCAGGUUCUCCUCUUCACUAUCAGCACCACCCUGCAUCCCUCCUGCCCCACCACCAGCACUAUAACCUACCAUACAUGGGCCACACUCACUUCCCGUUCCCAUACCCAGGCUCUCCAGGUUCCCCCAAGCCAGCAGGAAUCCAUCCUCCCCUCACACGUGUCGCCAGUAACCCCACCUUCCCUUCUGUUUCCUCCCCUGCCCCAGGGUCCCCUAGUGCUCAGAAUGAGACCCCAAGCCCUGGCAGCAACGAGAGCAUCACCCUGUCCCCACCUGCCCCUCAGCAUCCCAACAUGUGGCCCCCCCACUCACAGCCCCUAUUUUCCUUGGCUAAUGUCAUCUCCAUGGCCAUGAGCAUGGCCCAGUCUUUCAUCCCUCCUGCGAGCAUGUCCUCCCAGGGGAUGCCCUCCUUUCCAGGCUAUCACCCCCAGCUACCCACUCACAUGGCCCCACAGUCAGGUUACCCCUCCGUCUACCCACACCAGUACCAAACCCAGUCGGUAGAAGUCCCUUACCCCACGGUGGGCAUCCCAGCACAGAACAACGUCUACCACAGCCCUGAGAAUACGCCUCAAAUGGAUGGAUCCGGUUUUCCUCAGAGCAGUCAUCCAAGCUGGUUGCACCAUAUCUCCCCGCCAUCCUUGCCUUCCACCCCUCCACUGGCUCCUCAGGAGCCCCCACAACAGGUUGGACUGUCCAUUCCCCCGUGCCUCACCCAGGAGGACAGUCUCCACAGUUAUGUGGCCCCAUACUCAGCACAGGUUCCAGCCCAAACUAAACCCAAACAACAAGUCUCCAGUUCCAGCUCCUCAUCAGAUCUUUCCCCAUCACCCCCAGAGAGCCCCGAAAGCACUUUAUCAUCCUUCAGCACUCAAUUGCACCCGGCUAUACCUGAGAUGAAUGCCAGUACCCCAAAACCCAAAGCCUCGUCCACUCAAUCUGAAGUCCAGUCUGCACCAGUGACUGUUGGGCGAUUCCAGGUGACCCCCAGUAUGGACAUCCCUGUGCCCGCUGUGCCUAUAGGUGCUGUACCUGCUGCACUACAGCCCGAGGACGGGGGCAGCACCCCAACAGAGAGCAGCACAGAGGAACAGGGGGAGUCUGAGACCAGCCUGGGCACCUCCCUCACCAUGUCCCCUCCUCACCCACAUCCCCACAGAGGGUCGGCACCGCUCCUCCAGGAGGUUGACGGGCAGCCGGGAUGGGCUGGGGACCAUGAGCAACAACAGCAGCAGCAGCAGCAGGUCAGGGGAGAGGAGGAUGAAGAUGAGGAUGAAGAGGAUGAGGGAGAGGUUGUCGGGGAACGACAGAGGACGAGGAAGAGGAGCCGGAGGAGGGCGUACAGCCUCAGCCUGAUGGGAACGUCUGCGGACAGCGGGCUCUCUGUGACGGCUGCUGAGAUGGAGGGGAGGCUGUGGGAUGGAGCGGUGGGCAGCCCGCAGUACAGCAACGCCCUCCACCAUUUAUGGAUGAUGACUUACAACCGCAACGCUCCCUACCUGAGCAGCGAUGACUCUGACAGCGAUGGCGAAGAAAUGCUGGAAGAGCUUCAGGAACUCAGAGAGAAACAUCUGACAGAGGUGCAGACCCUGCAGGCCGCCCAGAAGAGAGAGAUCGAGGAGCUGUACGAGAAGAUGGGGAAGGUUCCUCCUCCAGGCAUCGUCUCUCCCGCUGCUAUGCUGUCCAGUCGACAGCGCCGCCUCUCCAAGGGGAGCGGUUUCCCCUCAUCCCGCAGGAACAGCCUGCAGCGCUUGGACAUGUUGCCACUCCAAGGUAUCAUUAGGAGAAACUCCCUUGGAGGCAGCAGCAGCGGCUCCCAGGAUAAACCUAGCAAAGGGGUCACCUUUGCCACUGACAUUAAUAGAAUGUGAGAAACGCUCAGCCAAGCACGCUGUGUAUCUGGACUACCUCAUCUGAAGUGUGACUGCAGUGGUCAAACCCGUCCUGAAGGAGGAUCACUUUUAACACUUUUCACUGGCACACUGAUCAGCAUAAAACUGCUUCCCUCCGCAAGUGGUCACAAGGUUCAUGCCGGUGGUCAUUUACCUCAACUGUACAGAAACUGUCAUCAAUAAAUCUGGAUUUACACAGGAACUGUAACUUCCAGUUUUCGGCCCUUUUGUCAGAUUUGGUGAAUUUGUUGCAGCUGAAGCUCAGAAUAUCUUACCAGUCUGGUUCAUGUUAAAACUCACAAGUUCUUUUUUUUUGCUCUCUUGUACAUAAACUGUCAGAUCCAACGGUUCAGAAGUAACCAGCUUCAGUCCACGCUGCCACAGUACCCUGCUAAACACCACAGUUUGUUUUAAAGCUUCUUUUUUUUUUUUUUUUGCAUUAACGCAGUCAAGUGAAAUACCAAGUGCUGCAGAGUUGUGUCACUUUGUACGACUUUGACCCAGAAUGACUACAGUUACUGUUUUCCUGCUUGUUUGACUCACUGCCGUUUAAUCAAUCUGAGCACAGUCAUGUGAACCGCAGCCAAGCUCUGACUCUCACUGACAGCUGUCGGGCACAGAUGACGACACACUUCGGACGAUCUCACAACAUAUUUGCUGUAGUUUGUAACUAAUGUCUCGGCACCUGCUGACUGAACAGUGAAUAUACUCUCAUUUAGUGGAGCUCCGAUUCCUGCCAUCAAGGGGCUGACGAGAGCAGUCAGUUUGAUUUAGUCAACUUUGUAUUCUCAAAACAUUUUGUUGUAGUACAUCUCCGGUUCCUUUAGUGGUUUUGACACCUGAUAAGAUCACCUUACAUUCUCUAGACACAGCCUGGAGAGGUUUGACUGCAGUCCUGACAUUUUCAGAUGUAGUGAAGAUGAUGAUUUUUCACGUUGUACAACAGUACAAUAAGGAGAUAUCAUGGAGAUGUUAAUGCGUCAGGAAGAAACGUUGUACAACAUCUAUAAAUGUUGGCAUGUAGCUCACUUCAGCAGGAAAAAAAAAAAUCUGUUUUUUAUGCAGAAGCAUAGAGAACAUCAUGUCAAUGUCAAAUACUAUAGCUGGCUUUAAAUGGGAAAAAAGUAUUUCUUCAUAUUGAUUAGAUGUGAAAAAUCCACCUAGGUUUUACACUACUGGCUUUUCCUGUUGUUUGUACAUGUGUAUAUAGUAGAGUGCUUUUAUAGAUCUUGUUUACAAGUUAAGAGUAAACUAAAUAUUUCAGCAACCUUAAUUCUUGCUCAAGCAAAAAUCAUAUUUGUUGCUAGAUCAAGAUCAUAGAUCAAGCACCUUGUGCACUUUAGCAAAUUCUACUUUAACACUCAGUCAUUUAACACAUUUGUGGACAAAAACUGUGCUCACUCGAGGAAGAGCUGAGAUGUUUUCCUGUUAUUUUUCCGUAAGAGAGGUAGAGGAUAUUCUCCGGUUUAUGUUUGAUCACAAUAUUUCAUAUUGGAUCACAGUAAUGAUGAUCUACCCUCCCACAGUUUGAAAUAAUCAGUAUAUUGUGGGAUAUGGAGAAAUCAGUCCAAGCUGUGAAUCUGUAGCUGUUGCCUUAUAUUAAAAAAAAAAAAUAUUCACAACACACACUGAAUUUUCUGGCAGUAUAACUCCUGUAAGAUUCGUAAUAUAUAUAUUCAAAGAAAUUUCUAAAUUUUGAAUGUAAAUAUAUAAUUGUAUUGCUUUCUGAAGCUGCUGUCCUGCCAUGCUGAAUCUGUGCCUUUCCCUUACAAUGUCUUAUUUUAUAUUUUUACUCUUAAGAUUUGGUGGCUAGAUCAGACUCUGUAUAUCAAAUUUUGAAAAAAAUAAAUGCAACUGUAAAUACC